GGAAGGUGGGAUCUGUCAUAUGAAACCAGCACGGAGAAUAUAGCGUCAAACUCACAAGCCUAGGAGGCAUGGCCAGAUAGCACGGAGAAAAGGGCGUCGGUCUCGGUUUUAUCCUGUCUCGGAGAAAUAUGCGCAGAUCCCCCCCUCCAGAGGAAGGGCCAACCAGCCCGGAGAAAAUGGCGUCGGUCUCAGUUUUAUCCUGUCUCGGAGAAAUAUGCGCAGAUCCCCCCCUCCAGAGGUAGGGCCAACCAGCCCGGAGAAAAGGGCGUCGGUCUCAGUUUUAUCCUGUCUCGGAGAAAUAUGCGCAGAUCCCCCCCUCCAGAGGAAGGGCCAACCAGCCCGGAGAAAAUGGCGUCGGUCUCAGUUUUAUCCUGUCUCGGAGAAAUAUGCGCAGAUCCCCCCCUCCAGAGGAAGGGCCAACCAGCCCGGAGAAAAUGGCGUCGGUCUCAGUUUUAUCCUGUCUCGGAGAAAUAUGCGCAGAUCCCCCCCUCCAGAGGUAGGGCCAACCAGCCCGGAGAAAAGGGCGUCGGUCUCAGUUUUAUCCUGUCUCGGAGAAAUAUGCGCAGAUCCCCCCCUCCAGAGGAAGGGCCAACCAGCCCGGAGAAAAUGGCGUCGGUCUCAGUUUUAUCCUGUCUCGGAGAAAUAUGCGCAGAUCCCCCCCUCCAGAGGAAGGGCCAACCAGCCCGGAGAAAAGGGCGUCGGUCUCGGUUUUAUCCUGGCGGAGAAAUACGCGCAGAUGGGGGGAUCAGAGUGUUCAGUGUAGACAAAACGUAGCAAAACGGUUUCAUAUGACAGAUCCCACCUUCCAGAGAGAAAUAACCGCAGAUGGGUGGGCUAUGGGUGGAGCCAAAUCAUAUAAAAGCGAGACAGGUCUCCAGCUAAACCAAAACCUUUCCUGCUACCUGCUGUCAGCACUGAAUAGCUGGACGGACACGUUUUUCUGCUGAGGACUCUGGACGCUCAUCGGUGAAAUCGCAUCACAUUUCACUCUGGAUUGACUUGAUUAUGGAAGGGACACUAAAUCUCCUGAGUGUUUUACUGUUUGCGGUAAUUGUCAGAGGAGAGCCUCCUGCCAUGUACCAGGCUCAGCUGAUAAAGGCAGCAGAAGGUGAUAAUGUGACUCUUCAGUGUCGUCUGGAUCCUCCCGUCAACCUGUCUGCUUUCACCGUGGACUGGACGAGACUUGAGAACAAGGAUAUCGUCCACGUCUAUCGUCAUCAACAGGACGAUCCUGAUCCACAGACGGAUCAAUACAGAGGCAGGACGACUCUCCUCCAUGAAGACCUGAUCAGAGGAGUCCUGACUCUGCACAUCUCCUCAGUGAAGCUGUCUGACAGAGGACUUUACAAAGGCUUUGUCCCAAAGCUGAAGACCAGCUGUGUUGUUGACCUCAUUGUUGAAACGGUGGGAAAAGACCAGCAGAACGAGACAAAGAGAGAUGAUUCCAGCACAACUGGACCUCCAGAGGAAGAAGAGACCGAGCCAGACGGUCGUGGUGGUGGAAACAGGAACCGUGGCCGUGCUGGGAUCAUUUCCAGCGUUGUCUUAUUCAUUCUCUGCCUCGUCGUUUUUGGUGUUCUGCUUCUGAGGAAGAAAAUAACAAUGCAGUGUGUGAAGAGGAUCGGAGUAAGGAAGGAGCAAAAACCAGAGACGGCGUCAAACGGAUCUGAAGGGAAAAAGCUGAACACUCAAGCAGCGUUCUACACAUCUCAGGCAGCAAUAAUGACUCCAUCUGGUCCAGAUACUCACUACUGGAAAAGGAACUUUCCAUAGAUCUUCUGAGCCAGUCAACAAUUAGACCACAACAAAAUCCUGUCAAAUAUUUAUACAGGAGAACAUCAGUCAGUUUCUAUGCAUUGAUAAAAUGAAAAGUCCAGACUCCUGGGCCCAAAUAUGCAGGAAUAUUUCACACAUGCCUAAAAAUUGUUAGUGAAGUCAGACUGUUCAAAAUGUGAAAGUGCCCAGAGGAUGAUCUGUUUUCAUGAUCCUCCUACUUUUCCUCUGGCGCCACCAUCAGGUUGACUUUGAGGUUUCAAGUAAAAUACCUCAACAGCUAUUGGAUGGAUUUCCAUGAAACACCAUGCUGACUUGAGCGUUUAGCUCAAAGCACCACUGAGCCUUAAAACAGCUGCGUGGCUUUAGACUGAUACUGAAAGAAAAUAAUAAAAUGCAUUUCCUUCUUUA